CAUGAUAAAUCAACAACUAUUUUUAUUAGCCAUUUCAAGGAAUCUUGAUCGUUUCAUUUAGCUGAGUAAUUAUUAUUAUUUAUCAGAAAUUAAAGAAAAGCUUUACCAAAUUAAUCUUAUUAACCAGGGAUGUAUUUCCAUUAUCAUAAAAUACUCAUAUUUUUGUUGCAUUGCAUGUGGCAUAUUCACUUUCUUUCCUGUAGGCUAUAAAUAUGCACUGCUAUUCCAAGCUUGCUACUACCAUAAUACCAACUAAAAGAAGAUACCUCACAUAAUAAUAUAGGUUAGCUUAGAGGUCAAGUAAUCUUCCAAAAAUCAUAUCUUAUAGUGAUAAUAUGGGAGGCAAGAAGUCCUCUUCCUUUUGUGGUAUGUUGAAGUCUUGUUUCUCAAGUGGAGGAAGCAGUAGGGAUGAUUAUUACUAUUAUGAUGAUGAUGGCAGUAGCAGAAGGAUAUUUGCAAGUGAUGAAGACAGAGGUCGUUGGGUUGCUGAGCCUGGUAUUGACAAGAAAGCUUCUGCUUUCAUUGCUAGAUUCUAUGCCAACCGAGCCACUGAUUCUGAGCAACAAAUUGCUUCUUGAAAUUUCAUUUUAACUUCUUCAUUCUUGUUUUUCCUACCAAUAAUCCCCCUCCCCAAAUGUAAAAUAUAAUGUUUUCUUUAUUUGGUUGUAGUCAGUUUUAUAAUAAUUUACUGCAGUUGUUCUUGAUCAUCGUUUGAUUAUAUAUGAUGGUGGUCUAGUUCUU